AUGGCAACCUCUCAGAAUGGUCGCAAUGCUGUCGGCUCGUGGGCACCUUCCAAUCAGCGCGUGCUAUUUAAUCUUCCGCGAUUGCACUUGUUCGAAGUCAACGAUCAGUCCUGGUGGCCGAACCUCCUACGCGAGAAAGUUCAGGAUGCACUGACAUUGGCAUGGAUCAACAAGUUUCCUGUUCUACAGCCGACUGCGCCUUGUGACCUUGUCCCACGAGUUUUGACGUCCGUGCUGAAAAGUCGGAUCUCGAGGUACAUCUAUGUCGAUUUCGCGUCUGGGGCUGGAGGACCUACACCAUAUAUCGAGAGACAGCUAAACGCACAACUAGCUAAGGACGGAGAGAAAGAGGUCGGCUUCGUGCUGUCUGAUAUCAGUCCGCAUCUACAAGCAUGGCAGGCAGCUUCGAAAAAGAGUAACAACCUGCACUACAUCGCAGGUAGUGUCGAUGCUUCAGCUGCACCACCCAAAGAGAAGCUGUUACAAGGUGUGACAGAUACUCAGGACAAGGGCGUAAUGAGGCUGUUCAGCUUGGCUUUCCAUCACUUUGACGAUGAUCUGGCCAAGAAGAUUCUCAAAAACACGGCCGAGACGUCUGAUGGCUUCUGGUAA